UUGAAUGAAGAAUAUAUCAAGAUCUCUCCCAGAUGGGAUGGGAUUAGCUAUUUGGGCGUUUUUUCAGAUCCAAUUCCUUGUCCUACUGGAGCUCCACCCGUGGGUGGCUGCAUCAAUGGCGCCUGCGCUACUGGCUAUAGUUGUAUCCAGAAUCAGUGCUGUAUUUCGCCGGUUACAAAGAAUCCAUUCGGUAAGAUCCAACAAAUUCACUCUUCAGUCUGUCCCAAUGGUAACCAAGCUGCUGGCGGUUGCGUGAAUGGCCAAUGUGGUGCAGGAUACACUUGCCAAAACGGUCUAUGCUGCAUGGGUACCACAGGCUCAGCAGUGAAAUGUCUGGACGGUUCGGAAGCCAUUGGCGCCUGCAUCCCAUCGUGCACUGGUGGUAACUGCGGAAACGUCCAAAUCAGCUACUAUUGUGGAACUGGCUAUACCUGCACCACUGGCAACAUCUGUUGUCCAAUUUCAAGUGAGCUCAAACAAAAAAAACGAAAAAAGAGCUGCCCCAACGGUGGUGAACCUAUUGGGCCACCAGUUAACGGUCUUUGCCCAGAAGGUUACAAUUUGCAAGGAAAUCAAUGCUGUAGUAAUGUGACAACCAGCAGAUGUCCUGAUGGAAGUGCAGGAACACCAACAGUGAACGGUCUUUGCCCUGCUGGCACCACACUUACUGGAACUGUUUGCUGCCCCGCAGCUGCAGCUGGUACUGGUGUGCUUGUGGGCGUUUGUGAUGCACCUUCUAUGGCCAUAGGUCCAUGUACACCAGCUGGAUGUGGAGUCGGUUAUGCUUGUGACAACAAUCCGACAAACCCACAAUGCUGUCCUGUGGUGAACUGGCGUGACCCACAGUUCCAAAUUGGUCCCGCAGUCGCGGGAAUGUGUCCUCUCGGUUAUGUGGCCGUCUAUCCGCCAAAUACUGUUGAAGCCGAUGGAACUAACCCGGGUGUUUGUGUGGAUCUGCAAACU